AUGGCGGUGACGCUGCUGCAGGACUGGUGCAGGUGGAUGGGCGUCAGCGCUCGCAGGGGCCUGCUCAUCCUGGGCAUCCCGGAGAACUGUGAUGAAGCCGAACUCCACGAGUCCCUGGAGGCCGCCCUGUGGCCCUUGGGCCACUUCACCGUGCUGGGCAAAGUGUUUCGAGAGGAGGAUAACGCCAGUGCGGCCCUGGUCGAGCUUGACCGGGAAGUCAACUAUGCUUUGGUCCCCAGGGCAAUCGCGGGCACCGGGGGUCCCUGGAACGUGGUCUUUGUGCCCCGUUACUCAGGCGAGGAGUUUCUCAAUCGCGUGUUCCACUUCCUGGAGCAACAAGGGCAGAUGGUGGAGACCGUGGCUGGGGUCUUGGGGCUGGGACUGCGCAGGGUGUGCUGGCUCCGAUCGGUCACUCAGGCCCUCCAGCCCUUGGUGGAGACCCUGCGGUAUGAGCGCCUGGGCGUGUUUUCCGGGAGGGAUCCGCUCGCCCCGGGGGAGGAGCCCUUUGAGGCCUGGCUCGACCACGCCUCCGACAUGCUACAGGUGUGGCAGAGUGUCUCAGAACGGGAGAAGAGGCGGCGGCUGAUGGAAGGCCUUCGAGGGACAGCCCUGCAGCUCAUGCAUGAACUCCUGGCGGACAACCCCGCCAGGACCGCGGAGGACUGCCUGGCGGCCCUGACCCAAGUGUUUGGAGACAACGCGACCCAGAGGACCAUCCGGAUGAGGUGUUUGACCGCUCACCAGCAGCCGGGCGAGGGGCUUUCCGCUUUCGUGUUGCGGCUGGAAGUCCUGCUGCAGAAAGGCAUUGAGAAGGGGGCCCUGGCCAGAGGCUCAGCUGACCUCCUGCGCCUGAGGCACAUGCUCACCAGGGCCAUCGUUCCUGAGCCUCUGGACGAGGUACUGAGGAAGCUGAGAAUGGCUGGGAGGUGUCCAAGUUUCCUAGAGAUGAUGGGGAUUGUUCGGGAGUCUGAGGCAUGGGAGGCCAGUCUAGCCACGAUCGAGGGAGCCCAGGCAGAGGAACGGGUCCGUGCCCAGGCAGAGGAACGGGUCCGUGCCCAGGCAGAGGAACGGGUCCGUGCCCAGGCAGAGGAACGGGUCCGUGCCCAGGCAGAGGAACGGGUCCGUGCCCAGGCAGAGGAAUGGGUCCGUGCCCGGGCAGAGGGGGCGUUCCGUGCCCAGGCAGAGGAAUGGGCAGAGGAAGGGGCCGGCGCCCAGGCUAAGGCGGAGGAUGAUAGCAUGGAGGAGAGGCAGCUGGAGGAGCCGGAGUGGGAGGAGGAGGAGGAGGACAGUGACGAUCGUGACACUCUCCCCGCAGACCUAGGUCAGGCAAGCCCCUCAGAGGCCCCUGGGGGCCCCACUCCUGCCCAGAUGGGCCGAGCUUCCAGGGCGGGCCCAGGAGGUCCUGGCUAUGAGCCAGAGGGCCUCCCCCAGGCCGGAGACCAGGAGGCCGGAGAGCCCCCCGAGGAGGGGCUCGAGCCCAUCCCAGAGGGGUCGGGAAACGUGGAUGGGGCUGGGGAGACGAUCCCCCCCGAGUCCUCCUCAGGCUAA